GGGAAUCGGACGACAUGAGCUCUACAUGAAACGAGUAAAAUGCUCUAAGACGCUUUCGGCGUUUGUCUUUCAUCCUUCCGAACCAAGGACGAGCCAGAAGCGGAGCCGUUCUUCACGAUCAGGUGUAAGACUAUCUUAAACCCGAGGGGACAGAAUGCCAGAACAGAGCAACGACUAUCGUGUGGUGGUGUUCGGUGCUGGGGGAGUGGGGAAGAGCUCCCUGGUUCUGCGCUUUGUCAAAGGCACAUUCAGGGACACCUACAUCCCCACGGUGGAGGACACCUAUCGCCAGGUGAUCAGCUGUGAUAAGAGCGUGUGCACCCUCCAGAUCACAGACACAACAGGCAGUCACCAGUUCCCUGCCAUGCAGCGCCUUUCCAUCUCUAAAGGCCACGCCUUCAUCCUGGUCUACUCGAUCACAAGCAGACAGUCCCUGGAGGAGCUCAAACCCAUUUACCAACAGGUCCUGGCUAUAAAGGGCAAUGUUGAGGCUAUCCCAAUCAUGCUUGUGGGAAAUAAAAGUGAUGAGACCCAGCGAGAGGUGGAAACCAAGGACGGAGAGGCCCAGGCCAACCAGUGGAAGUGCGCCUUCAUGGAAACAUCAGCUAAGACCAACCACAACGUAACCGAGCUCUUUCAAGAGCUGCUCAACCUGGACAAGAAGAGGAACAUGAGCCUCAACAUCGACGGCAAGCGCUCUGGGAAGCAAUCCCGUGCCGAGAGACUGAAGGGCAAAUGCAGCGUGAUGUAAAAUCGAAGAGAGGAAAGGAAAGGGAGGUGGAGGAGAGAGAGGGAGAUGAAAUACGGAGAAGUAAAGAAGGAGGACGCCAGACACCAAACGUACCAUUCAGAGCAACAAGGUUUUUAACGGCAGCGGGGUUCUCAUCAUCGACACGCUCCUCUGUUUGACUGGUGCAUUCACAAACACAACUUACAUACAGGAAACGUUUCAGUUCGGAGCAUAAAUCCAUGCACAUCCUGCUAAACUGAGAAACUGAUGAGGUGACAAGUAGUGUGUGACACAGAUGAAUACAGAAAUGGCAGGGGUGUGGACUUUGCAUCCUCCAAGUGUCACAAAAACCUGGAUGGAGCACUCUUUGAGAACUUGGAUGAGAGUACUGACCAUGAAGACCAGAAGUCCAUAAAAACACAGGUUUCUGAUCAGCGCAAAACCUUAAAUAUCUUCUCUCACUUCUGCACCUCCCUGCUCAGCUCACACUUCACCCUUCUCAUCUUUUUCAAACCCUCUAUUAUAUCAACUGUAGAGAAAUGUAAUGUACAAGUAAGCGAGUUCCGAAGCUCACUCAUCUGGUAGAGACCCUGUUGUAAGUGACUGAGGUGUCUAUCAUGCUAGUACACAGAGGACUCAAAAGUUUGACACUGCUAGCAUGAAGCAUCACAGCAGCAAAACACAUGACCCAGCCACACCCCAAGGACUUUGAUGUAUAUAAAUAUGGGAUAUUUAGAUAUAUUCCAUCCAGUCUGCACAUCCUCAGCCCCAACUAGUAUAUGAUGUUGACUCAAGUUUGAUGCUCUGAAGCUCAAUUUUCAAUUGCCAUCGUCAUAUAAAAACACUUAUUUGCGUUUAUCCCACAAAUCCUUAUUGUAAAAGGUCAUCUAUGAACCCUCGAAAUGUCCUCAUCUGAUGUGGAGAAACAUCCAGCGGCAGGGGCUUCAUGCAUGCCAUUGAUACGACGCAACAAUCCUUUUAAGACUCUCAUCAAGUGUAGAAUAACUCUGGCUGAAAGGAAGCUGGACUCUCAUUAAAACAUGAAACAGAAAUACGAGUCUGCCUUGCCUACGAGGUUAAUACACUUAGAUAAUCAUUGCCAAGCUGGUAAGAUGAAAGAGAACUUUUGGUUCUGAGAAUGUCAGUUUGCUUUGGCACUUUUCAUGUGAGAGUUUCUCUUUUUGCCUUUUUUUUCUAGUUGUCUUUAUGAUGCUCUUAUAAAGUUACAUUUAAACACAUCUCCUUUCACAAAAAGCACACAGGGGAGAAAAAGGGGAGGGUGGAUCUUUAAAGCUCCAUGCAGAUUAUCCAAUGCACCCUGAUGCAUCUCCGUACACUCAUCCCCUGUAACUCCAGGCAUCAGGAAACAGAAUGGGUCACAGAGAUGUGCAGACACAACACGCACAUGACGCAUCCAUGCAAAAAGAAAAGAAACACACACACAUUUAGCUCUCUGAUAGUCAAUCUGAGUAACAUCGUUGACUGAGUACAGGAAGAAGAACAGGGCUCACUCAGCCUAAAUGCCCUCACAUUGCACUUUAUAUCACCACACACAAUUUUAUUUGCCAUGUUUCCGCCUACAUGUGUAUUAAUAAUUAUCUCUGUUGUGCUGUAUGUCCAAAGUGCAUAUAUAUAUACCCUUUUUUUCAUGUAGGACCUCUAAAAUUGUACACAGUGUAUACAGAGCAGCCAAAAGCACAAUACUUUUUACCAACAUAUCUAAUUCUAUUUUUUUGUUUGUUCUUUUAUUGUAUUUGUGUGCAGUUUCCAUCCUUAGCUUUCAUUCACCAGUCCUGAACAUGGAUUGCAUAGGUAGCAUGAUCACAGGUAGCUCUCUGUCUUGAUGUAUGGCGCUUUAUUUUGUCUGGUUCUUGGCACAAUGAGGUUGUGGUUCUGCUGAACAACAGGGUAUUGUGAUGUGACCGGUUAGCUGUGGACACAAAGAGCGUAAACAUUAUGUAACAUCAACCCCCACGCCACCCCCACAGGAUCACAGGUUGUGGGACGACGAUGAGGGGUCAGAUUAUUUGUCUACUUUUCUCCAUCUCUCAGGCGGUUUUGACAACAAUUAGCGUGGCGGAUAAUCUGCUCCUGUACUGUUAAACCCAAAGACACAGAUGAUUACCCCUUUUAACCGUGUGUUCAUUUCUCCCCAAAAAAGGACGAAAAAAGAGAAAAAGCACAGCAACUAGUCUCGUCUGUCUCCUUCUCUGUCUUUAUGUGUGCAGCAGGAUCAACAACUGGGCACUUUAGGGUGACAUUUUACUUGAAGACUUGCUUAUUAAUCAGCGACGCCUCAUUCAUAAGUCCUACCUUUAUCAUUCAUGCCCACAAACCACUAUAAAAUGAUUUCAGUUGUGUAGAUAAGCAGAUGGAAAUUCACCGAAAUGUUCACAAGAGCUUCAAGUAAGAUGUUACCCAUGUAAAGAAAUACUGUACCCACUGUCUUUCUGGGGAAUGUUGUUACAGUAGAAGGUUCAGUGUUGCUAUGUACUGUAAUAUACGGCUUAAUAACGAUACUCAUGAUCUAUUGUAUUUGACGCAUCCACUCUUCAGAUCUAUCAAUUAGAUAGCACUAGCAAAAUGUGAAUAUGUAACUAAAAGUUCCACUCCAGGCUGUUAAUUUUGUUUUUCUGUUUAUUUUGAAAGCUGAAUGAAUCUGUUGUUAUUACUGUGUUGUACUUUGCACUAAUGUGAGGUCCUGUUAAACUCAAACAUUUAUAUUGUAAACAUACCCUUUACUUGUUAGAUGCCAGGGAUGCUCACUUGUACUCUCUUAUUUUCUUUUUUGAAAAUCUGUUUAAAUU